GACAGAUGCAAAUGCAAAGAAAGCAUUCGCAUCGCAUCGCAAAAACCGAAAACACGAUCAGUGGUGUGGCGUGUUUUUGUAUUUUAUUUCGAAAUAAUCCUUUUAUUUUGCGAAAUAAUCCGGAUUUCAGCUUAUCUAACAGAUAAUUACUGCUUCUAGCAACUAACCAGUGAUGAAAUUUUAGUGAAUCUAAUCGAAUAAGAUGAUCGAACACGAACAAUCCACUAUAAAUAUCACCGAUAAUAAGGCGAAAGAUCACGAGGAAUUUCUCAACCGCAUCAAGAAAACAUUGUACUACGGUACGUCAACUAUAAAAUGUACGAAAAUCAGCCGCCCGCUAGCCGAUUAUGCGGCGGACAUUUUCUCCGAAUCGCACCGCGGUCAUUCGCUGAGUCGGCUCAAUUUCGUCACCGUCGGAAAUAUGACCGUAACGCCAUGCUCCCUCAUUUUGGCGAUGAUCUAUCUGGAUCGUUUGAAUACUAUUGACCCGGCGUAUGCAAGACGUAUUACGCCAUCGGAACUAUUUAUAGUGUCAAUGAUGGUUUCAACCAAGUUCUACUGUGGAUACGAUGAAGAUAUUUACCUGAGCGCCUGGGCUGAUUCCGGAAGCAUGUCGAUCGAUCACAUGAAGGCAUUGGAACUAGAAUUCCUCGAUGCUAUAGGUUGGGAAGUUUACGUAUCAAAUCACGAUUUCUUCGAGAAGCUCAAAUCGGUAGAGAAAGUUCUUGCAAAACGGCAGGGAUUAGCUCGAGGUUGGCUGACUUACACCGAACUUAUCAACUUUUUACCAACGAUGACGUUGGCUAAGCAGAUUCUUAAUUAUAGCACCGUGAUUGCGUUGAGUUACACCGCCAGUGUUAUGACCAUUGCCGGGGCCUUUUUCUUAGCUAGUAAUAUUAACGUACCUGGAAAUCUUCUUUUCCGAGCCGAUUCCACGCAGAGUGCGGUAACCACGGAGAGUAUGGCUGCGACUGGAGUUGUAUCUGAGCCGUCCACGCUGGGACAGAACUGCACUUUGCAGCAGUCACCAAGUCAAGCAUUUGGCUUGACUCUUUCUCUGGAAGAUUGCGAAUGCUCCCUGCAGAUGGCAAUCGAAAGUGCCCAAUUGCUAGGUCGUGUUAAUGCUAAUAAUAAUGCAAAAUUUGAACCUCACCACCACAAGGCUGAUUUUUCUCCACUACCGAUACUUUGGUUCGCUCCACAGACUACUAAGUAUGGAGUUGCCGUCAAUUGGAAGCAUUACAGAUUCAUGUAUCCGGCAACAGCCGGUACUGACGACGACGACGAUGAUAACAGCGAAGCUGCUUUUUAUUUUAACAAAAAUAACUCGAUCCAACGGAAACCACAGAACCGCAAUUGCACUUAUAAUGAACUCCAAUCUCCGCUAAUCCUUGGGGCAAUAUCGCAAUGUGCCACCGCAGAAAUCGAUCAGCAACAGGAGAAUCGGGUUUACACCAGUUACAAGCGAACUUUUGAAAUGUUCAGUUCUUUUUUGAAGUUUUUGUGAACUGCGCGAACUUUCUGUUGAUCAUGAAACAACUUACACUUAUUUUUACUAUGUCUGGGCUACAAGCAAUUUAAAUUUUCUGUAUGCUUUACCGCAGUCUCACAAUGGAUUGAUUGGUUUUGGAUAGCGUUGUAAAAUGUAAAUUUCUUGUAGUCCAUUCUCAGUUACUAAUGUUAUACGUUCAUAUCAAUCUAUGACUGUGCGUGCGUGCAAUUUGGUCUGAUAUACAAUUAAAUUGCUUAAAAUUCCAAUUAAAGUAUAGCAUACCUGUUUUAUAUCUAUUGUAACUGAACUGUCCCCGUUUAAUUUUUUUUUAAAUAUAUCCAUUGUAACUCA